GGCUGGUAGGAUUUCGAACACGACAAAGACUGAGAAAGACUUGGAUGAGUAUCCUGGAUGAAGUAUCCCUCUGUCUCAGCCAAUCACAAAGAUUUAAAUUAGACCCCAGCCAGGCAGGGAGCCGCAUAGGUUUCGCAAGCUACAUACCUACCUAGGUACCUUCCAUUGCUACCUACUUAGCUAAGGUAGGUAACGUUUGCUACCUGUGGCCAACGCCGAUCAGCCGAAGCCCAGCCACAAUAUCUGCCUAUCCUUCGAUUUCUACCCUAAUUUAUUCAUUCCAUCCGUCAGUCGGGCAACUAAACGGUCGGUGUGAAACUAUCUCACCAUUAACAGCCAGUGCCUUAACUCGGAGAAUACGUCACAUUCACUACGUGACGAGCUUCCAUAACAAAGCCAAGAAAAGAGAAAGAACCGGUUACAAUCCGAAAGGCUUCCAGGGAUGUUUUCUACUUUGUUCUGAGACGGUGCAGUUUAGACUGCUGCUGCAUUGGCGGUUUACCCUUGAAUUGGCCAUUGUUGGGUGGAUGAGAGGAUAGAAAAAAGAGAGCCAAAGACAAAGACAGAGAGAUUGCAGAGACUUGCACUCUGGGCCUAUUGUUUUUUCUUCUUUUUAAAGUCCUGGCCGUUGAUAACAACCGUCCUUUUUCGACGAGGGCGGCUGUUCCUAUCCAUCCGACAAUCCAGGUCCCUUGCAUGAGAUCUUGGAAACGUUGGCGACUGCAGUACAUUGCCCAGCUACGUCGCGCGCACGCUUAAAUCUGCGCCACCAAGUUCACCAACACGAGCCGCCUGGGCCGCUCUCAACUCUUACUCUUUUGGCGAUGCGCGCCACUUGAGAUCGCAUCGCAUCGCACCGCAGCGCAUCGCAGCGCGUUGGAUCGCAUUGGACCCCUUUCUGGUUCUGCGCACGCAUCUAAGUUUUCGAGGGACACAGAAAGGACACCUCAGAAACAACAUUACCUGCCUACCUUACUUCUACCUUACCGGCGCACUCAUCCUGCCAGCCCACCCGAUCGUGCGCGACGCGAUCAAAAUAUCUCUUGCACAAAUUCGCACACGUACACGAUUUCGUUUCUUUGCAACUUGCUUAAAAGCUUAUUUGCCGCGCGGUACGAGCAGACCUGGGCUAGACGGGACGGGCGGAUAAACCUUGGGUGACUUGGGAUUGUACGUUUUGUCCAGACAUCGAGAUGGGCGAGGGCAGCGCCGAAGGUGAGGCUACAGUACCUUCAGCUGCGAUCCAGGUUGUUGUGUUGGGCUCAGGCGGUGGUCCAGAAGAGUCAAAUACGACAGCAUUCCUGGUAAGAUCAACAUCAACGGGAUGGGGCAAGGGGUCUAUUGUAGCCUUGGAUGCUGGCGUGCAUCUGUCAGCAAUCAAGCGCAUUUUGGAAGAUACCCAACCGCCUGGCCUCGCAAGCGGCGAGCUCCCCCUGCCCCACAUCUUACAAGAAGGGCCCUUCAAGGGACUGGAAUUACCAUUCGCAACUCCGUCGGCAAACUCGUCGUACAUCCAGCGCACCUUGGUGGACACUUAUCUCAUCACCCAUCCUCACCUUGACCACAUAGCUGGCUUUGUGAUAAAUACCGCCGGCCUCAAGGGCUCCAGGCCAAAGCGCCUCGCUGGUCUUCCCAACACCAUCGAGGCCUUUAAGAACCACAUCUUCAACAAUAUAAUUUGGCCCAACCUGACGGAUGAGAACAACGGCGCAGGCUUGGUUACUUACAAUCGACUUGUCGAGGGCGGGUCGCCUGCCAUCGGCGAGGGUGAUGGGCGGGGUUAUCUCGAGAUAAGUGAUGGGCUGGCGGUCAAGGUCUGGGGCGUCAGUCAUGGUCACUGUAUGGAGAAACACAGCCAUAGGGGCAGCGCAAGCAGCAGUACACGCUUCGGCAGCAUGGAUUGCGCAUCGCCAUCCAUGAAUGCCAUGGGGAUGGGCGGGAGUAUCCCGCCUGGGAUGAUGAGUCCCCGGACACUGGCGCACCAUAACUCGGCAGGUCCAAGCCUGUCGCUGUUUCUGCAGCAGCAGGCAGUGGCGCGUGGAGACAUGACUGCUGGAAUGCAGACGCCCCAUGCCGGUCUGGGAACCCGUGGCAGCAGCAUAAGCGCCAUGUUUGGUGGGCAUCAGCAACUGAUGGACACACCCUGUGUCUAUGACAGCAGCGCGUACUUUCUCCGCGACCUGGCGACAGGCCGGGAGGUGCUCAUAUUUGGUGACGUCGAGCCCGACAGCGUUAGCUUCACACCACGUAACGCCAUAGUCUGGGCCGAAGCGGCUCCCAAGAUUGCCACAGGCAGACUGUCGGCCAUAUUUAUAGAGUGCAGCUAUGAUGACAGUCAGGAAUCCGAUAGGUUGUACGGACACAUGACGCCAAAGUACAUCAGGGAGGAAUUGGCUAUUCUGGCGGCCGAGGUUGCACACGUGCGUGCGAACAUGGCAAGAGAUGGUAGAAAGAGGAAGCGAGAUGGCGAAGACAGCAUCCUUCCCAAUAGCGGCGUGGCUACUCCAGGCGGCCUUCGACGGCGCGUAACGGCAAACAACUCAAGCAUGGGCUUACUGGAAGACCCGGUAUCGCCGAGGACGGUCAGGCCUCCUAGGGCUCCUUCAGCUGACGACUUGUCUCAGGCGGCAAUACAACGGGGUCAACAACAGAGCGCGUACCGGGACCCGAUUGACUCGCCGCGUAUAGCCACGCCGACUGCUGAGUUGUCACUGAGAGAGAUCGAAGCUGGCUCGGAGAACGCCAGCACAAGUAGGAAACCUUCUACAGCAGAGACACCAUCGCUGCCUCUAAAAGGCCUGAAGGUGGUUCUCAUCCAUGUCAAGGACCGCAUGGACGAUGAUACUCCCGCAGGGGACAUUAUUAUGCAGGAGCUCGCAGAACACGAGGCUGAGGCACCAACCGGAUGCGAAUUUAUACUAUCCCGAGCUGGCGAGGCAUUGUACUUGUGAUGCGACCCUAUGACAGUCCCCUGCGGAACCAUGUCUUUGUUGGGGUUCGCACAUUCUUGGUUCACUAAUGAGGCGUCGGGCGGCUUCUGCAAUCCUGUAAUCUCUCCAAUCCUGGGCUGGAUCUGCGUGUUGUUGUAUGUUCUCUCUAUGUCUGGUUGCCUUGUUCAAUGACUCUAGAAUAUGUAUUGCGGGGGGUUGGUAACUUUUUUAGGAAACGUGGUCUACCCGGCAGCAAUUUGCUGGCUGCUUUGGGUGAGCCGAAGCAUAACUAAAUGGUUGGGUAGUUAGAGAUACGAUUUUGUGUCUGGGAUAUAUACACGCGUUUCGGCUAUUGGCUCUGGAGAGGGGCUUGGGGCUUUGAUCCAAUGGUAACUCUUUGCAAGAUCUUUUAUGUUUAUUCCUCAAAAAGAUCUGAAUUUCAAUAUCCGAUGUUCUACCGGGGGCAGUUCCUUUAUUGGGUUUGCUCCUGCAUCUAUCUCACUUGGUUGCGGCGUCGGAUUUGAGUUUUUCGUAAGCCGCUUGUCCACCCACG